AUGGAAAGGCCAAGCAACAACACCGCACCACAUGAUCAUUUAGUGACAGAGAUACUAGCGAGACUACCAUUGAGAAGCAUCUGGAGAUUCAAAUCGGUUUGCAAAACAUGGAAAUCAACAGUUGAAUCAGAGUAUUUCCGGCGUCUCUUUCUGUCUCUGCACCAAAACAGCUCUCGCGGUUGGUCACUACUGCUGCUCGACCAUAUAGAGCUCAUGGACUUGCAUAGAUGCAAGACAUGGGAUCUUCCAAAGUCCUUUGCCUCUUAUAUUCACAAGAGUAAAAAAGGAGGUCAACUAUUCGAGUACCAGGCUUGUACCAACGGAUUGGUUUUUGUAAAUGCAACUCAGAACUCUUCCUAUGUGGGCAAUCCAGUAUUACAACAGUGGGUUCGUAUCCCUCCUCCUCCAUAUCCAUAUGUAACUCUUCCGUUUGGUUUGGUGACGCGCGUGGACGAGGAGGACGGAGUUGUCCUGAGCUUCAAAGUGGUUAGGAUUGCUGCACACGUUCCCAAGAGACACCAAUCAGUGACUUAUUUGUGUCUCUGUGUGUAUUCCUCUGAGACAGGGGUUUGGACUACCAAACGACUUGAUUGCCAUCAUUACUUUACCAACAUGGCUCCUACUAUGUCUCUCAAUGGUACACUUUAUAUAUCCCCAUCAGGUUUUGAUGAUGCUCUUCUACCAGGAGCACUUGUAGCUCAUGAUUUCUAUGGUGAAUCAGAUCGUUGUCGUGUUAUACCUCUCCCCGAUCAUAAUCUGGACCACAACCGUUUGUUCAAAAGAGCCUUGACUUGUUCCAACGGAUCUGUCAUGUAUAUCAAAACAUUACUUCAUGAUCUUUUGAAGGUUUGGAUGUUGACCAACAAUGAUGAUGAUGAUGAUUCUUCUUCCUCAGAGUGUUGGCAGCUUCUGUGGGAAAUCCGCCUCCCGUUUAUCUCUUCUGACGACGAUAUCCUCUACUAUGCACCCCUGGCAAUGAAUCCUUUUGAUCGCAAUCUUGUCUACUUAUGGAGUCUACAUAACCGUUAUUUGUUAUCAUGUAACUUGAAGAGACAAGACUACAAAAUCUUGAUAGGAGACGAAUCCGAAAGGUAUGUUGAUGAUGAUGAUCUUCAAAAUUGUUUCGUCAACCAGUCUACCUGUGACAAGUAUAUGGAACAAGUGAUAUUUGGACCAUGCUCAGACCCAAUCUAUGGAAUUCACGUUGCUGUUUUCCAUAACGUGCUCCCACGGUGGAUAAGACCGCUGCCUUGUCCUCCCCAAGUUGAGAUGAUAGACACAACUUCACUACUCUCUUACAUUGCUUCAUCGCCGGAACAAGAAUAG